AUGAAGAGUGGGGUGCUGCAGGAUAUUGCGUUCAUCAUCGAAGAAAAGCCUCAUGCAAGGUUUACGAGAUUGGAGGAAAGGGAUGAUCUUGUUCUGGACAUUCAGGUGCCAUGGGCGGAUAGCAUGAGGCAGUUUGGCGCGGAAGCCUCAUUUACGGGAAUCGAUGGGCAGCCUCUAUCGGUAUUCAUCGACUACCCUCGAACCAAAUCCACCAAAGGAAGAAAUGUUAUCAAGGGUGCGGGUAUGCCUUCGAGACAGAGGGGAAAGCUUGUUGGAAGGGGUGACCUGAUUGUGCAGUGGGAAAUAAUCUCAGAACCAGAGCAAGCAAAGAAAAAGCCUUUCGUGAAGAGGUUCUGGAAGAAGUAA